ACAUCAUACUGCUUUCUCUUCGUCUUUUGGACCCUCUGUUUUACUUGACGGCGUGCGCAAUUCAGCUCUCGCCUCCGAUAUUAAGAUGGCAGAUACAAAGACUGUUAGUUCACAACAUACGCAGACGAACCCGCGUGGUAUCCCCGUCGCACCUUUUAUCGACGAUGUCUCCGACUACGUCUCGUCCCGGGCGGAGGUCGAGUCGACUUUGCGCUCAUUCCAGGAGAUGAUUUCCAAGUAUCAAUUUAUGGAGUUGAACACCCAACGCCGAGGCGCAGGCUUGCGCGAGAAGAUCCCGGAUAUCAAGAAAACGCUGGAGAUGGUCAGAUUUUUGAAAUUGCGGAGAGAAAACACCUCGUCGGAACUCACCACACACUUCGAGCUGAACGACACGCUCUACGCGCGCGCCUCCAUCUACCCGGCUGACACGGAGGAAGUCUACCUCUGGCUCGGGGCCAAUGUCAUGCUGGCGUACCCGAUAGACGAGGCAGAAACCAUGUUGCAGGAGAAGCUUUCGGCGGCGGAAUCGAGCCUUGCCAACUGUGAGGAAGAUCUGGAGUUUUUGCGCGAACAGAUUACAACUCUCGAGGUGGCAACAGCCCGUGUCUACAAUUGGGACGUGGUUCAGCGACGGAAAGAAAAAGCAGAGGGCAAAGGUGGCGAUGAGGACGAAGGGAAUGCGGCAAAGGGUCUGGCACAGGCGUAGAUGGAU